GGAUCGCAGAGGGAGUUGUAGAAGAUCAACAAGGACGACUCAGUAACUAAUCAACCAAACAUCAAUUAUUGAUAGUAGCAACUAGCAACAGUGAAGAAUGUCGACGAAAGAACGGGGCCUGGUUUAUCUCGUCACUGGGGGCUGUGGGUUCCUCGGACAACACCUGUUACAGGUCCUUUUGGAGAAAGAGGAUGCGGUAACGGAAAUUCGACUUUUUGACAAACACAUCGACUCAAGUUUAAAUGGCCACAGCACAGAGCGGGUAAAGGUGGUGGUGACACAGGGGGACAUCACAGAUUACUCCAGUGUCCGGGAGGUUUCCAAGGGGGCAGACCUGGUCAUCCACACAGCCAGCCUGGUGGAUGUCUGGCACAGAGUCCCUGAGACAGUCAUCCAGGCUGUGAAUGUUCAAGGAACUGUGAAUGUGAUCAAUGCCUGUGUGGAGAAUGGUAUUCAGUAUCUGGUCUACACCAGCAGCAUGGAGGUGGUCGGCCCCAAUGUGAAAGGAGACCCCUUUAUCAGAGGUGAUGAAGACACCAUCUACAAUGUUUAUCAUGAUAUGCCCUACCCCAGGAGCAAGGCCAAGGCAGAGAAACUGGUGUUGGAGGCCAAUGGCAAUAAGGUGAAUGAAGGGGCCUGCUUGUACACAUGCUCCCUCCGUCCCACAGGGAUCUAUGGUGAGCAGCACCAGCUGAUGAGGGACUUCUAUCAGAUGGGUGUGAGGACAGGGGGCUGGAUCAUUCGAGGCGUCCCAAAGGACACGGAACAUGGUCGUGUCUAUGCAGGUAAUGUGGCUUGGAUGCAUCUGCUGGCUGCUCGCUCCCUGAGAGAGCACCCCCAAAGGCUUGGAGGGGAAGUAUACUUCUGCUAUGACGACUCACCCUACAAGAGUUAUGAGGAUUUCAACAUGCAGUUCCUGUCUGGGUUCAACUUCCGCCAGGUCCAUGUGCCGCUAUUGGUGCUGUGGUUGGUGGCGUGCCUGAAUGACCUGCUCCGCUGGGUGCUGAAGCCUGUGUGCAGCUACACACCAUUACUCAACCGCUACACACUCGCUGUGGCCAGCACCUCCUUCACAGUGGGUUCAAACAAGGCCCAGCGCCACUUCCAGUACCGCCCCCUCUAUGACUGGGACCAGUGCAAGGCCCGCACACAGAGAUGGGUGGACACCUUUCCAUUCACUGGCCCCAAGGACUCCUGAUCUGGGCUGAUCUGCUGGUCUGGUGGAACCUUGUCUGGGCUAAACCGAUGCACCACACAUCAUAACCUGGGAUGGAUGGAGGAGUGAGAGGACUUUCUCAGAUUUAUAUUCUCACUAUGUUUGCUUCAUCAUAAGCAGUAUUAUCAUUACACAUAUGCAAACAAACUCUUGACCCCUGAACUCUUAAACCCUGAGCUAUGACCUCCUACACGUGUUCUUCAAAAAUGGUUAUGUCUUCCUACCUGUCAUUACUUGUGGCUAGCCUGUAGCUCCUCAGGCAAAAUGAUGACAAUGCAUGUUCCACACUGAAAUGGGUCACUUAUCCAUCCCAUGAGCUUCUGAUUCACAUGAGACCCUUCCCAGCCCUAAAUAAGAGAUAAUAUAUUAGAGAUUCAAUAUAAAUGUUUGGGGCUUUAUCGGACAUAGCAAUAUUCAUCUUCUUACAAAAGCGGUAGAUAUAAUGUGAUAGUAGUCAUAAAAGGGCAUAGAUAUGUGAUAUAGGAAAGCUGCUCAUGAAUUGUUUUGAGUCUAUUUCCAACAAUACAUUGCUAUACAUAUUUUGCAAUACAUACAUGAAAAUGCAAUACAUUUUUCACAAGACAUCA